AUGGGUAUAUCAUUUUCAUCUAUUAUCUCAAAAUUUCGUAGUAAAGCACAUAAAACUAAACCACGUGAUAUUUUAAUUGGUCGACGUGAUUUAAAUUCUACUUGGUAUCCAAAAAAUGUUAUUCGUAAUCAAAAAUAUAAUAUAAUAACAUUUAUUCCACUUGUUCUUUUUGAACAAUUUCGUACUUUUUUUAAUCUUUAUUUUCUUAUUAUGGCAUGUACACAAUUUAUCCCUGCAUUUCGUAUUGGUUAUUUAUAUACAUAUUGGGCUCCAUUAGGUUUUGUUGUAUGUGUAACUAUGUUACGUGAAGCAUAUGAUGACAUAAAACGUGCAUAUCGUGAUAGAGAAAUCAAUUCUCAAAAAUAUACAUUAUUGAAUGAAAAUGGACGAAAAGAAGAAAUAUUUAGUUCAGAAUUAGAAGUAUCGGAUGUUAUUAUAAUACACAAAAAUCAACGUAUACCUGCUGAUGUAGUACUUUUACACACAUCGGAUAAGUCAGGUACUUGUUUUAUUCGUACGGAUCAACUUGAUGGUGAAACCGAUUGGAAAUUACGUAUUGCUCCUCCUCCCAUACAAUCUCUUGAUGAUAUUUCUAUUUUAAUAUCUGAUAGAACUCAUACAGGAAAAAUUCAUGCUGAACCACCUUGUUUAAAUAUCCAUGAUUUUAAUGGUGUUAUAUCAUGGAAAAAUGAUGAACCAUUAACUGUUGAAAAUGUUCUUUGGUCUGGGACAGUUAUGGCAACUGGUGAUGCUAUAUGUUGUGUUAUUUAUACGGGUUCAGAUACACGUAUGGUUAUGAAUACAAAUAAACCACAAUCAAAAUUUGGUUUAGUUGAUGAAGAAAUAAAUACAUUAACAAAAAUAUUAUUUAUUGGAUCAUUUAUUUUAUCAGUCAUUAUGGUUGCAUCAAAAGGUUUUUAUGGACCAUGGUUUCAUCAUUUAAUUCGUUUUAUUCUUCUUUUUUCUUAUAUGAUACCAAUUAGUCUGCGUGUUAAUCUUGAUUUAAGUAAAAUAGCUUAUUCUUGGUUUAUUCAACAAGAUAAAAAUAUUUCUGGUUCAAUUGUACGUACAAGUGCUAUUCCAGAAGAAUUAGGUCGUAUUGGUUAUAUUCUAACAGAUAAAACGGGAACAUUAACACAAAAUUUAAUGACAUUUAAACGUUUAAGUCUAGGAACAGAUUCAUAUACAAGUGAAAAUCAAAUGGAAAUAUUAAAGUUAGUUGAAACAGAAUAUGCAAAAACUACUACAUCAACACAAGAAAGUCAAGAGCCGAUCGUUCCAUCAACAUCAUCAUUCGGUGGAACACGUAAAAGUGUGAAAAAGACAGAUACAAAAAAAGCUUUGGAAGCUAUUAAAGCAUUAGCUUUAUGUCAUAAUGUAACACCAGUAUACGAUGAGCCAGCAUCAACAUCAUUAGAUGCAUCCGCAAAACGUGAUGAUGAACAUCAUACACCACCAGAUACACCAAUGACAGGUGUUACAUCAGUAAAUACAACGACUGGAUCAGAUUAUAUAGAACUAUUACCAUCAGCAGACUCUCCAAAAAUUGUUUCUUAUCAAGCAUCAAGUCCUGAUGAAAUAGCUAUUGUUCAAUGGACUGAACAAGUUGGUCUAACUCUUGUUCAACGUAGUCUAAAAUCUAUAAUAUUAAAAUUAAAUUCUACUCAACAAUUAUUUCAUUAUGAAAUAUUAGAAUUAUUUCCAUUUACACCUGAAACAAAACGAAUGGGAAUUAUUCUACGUGAUGAACAAACAAAUGAAAUUAUAUUUUAUUUAAAAGGUGCUGAUACAGUUAUGCAAAAUAUUGUUCAAUAUAAUGAUUGGUUACAUGAAGAAUGUUCAAAUAUGGCUCGUGAGGGCUUACGUACAUUAGUUGUUGCUAAAAAAUAUUUAACUAAUGAACAAUAUCAAGUAUUUCAACAGCGUUUAUUAAAAGCACGUUUACAAACAAUUAAUCGUAUUCGUUGUGUCAAUGAAGUUAUUGAAACAUUAGAACAUGAUAUGGAAUUAUUAUGUAUUUCUGGUGUUGAAGAUCAAUUACAAGAAGAUGUUCGACAUACAUUAGAAACUUUACAUAAAGGUGGAAUUAAAAUUUGGAUGUUAACAGGUGAUAAAUUAGAAACAGCAACAUGUAUUGCUAAAAGUUCUAAAUUAAUUAGACGUAAUGAUGAUAUAUAUAUAAUUCAACAAGUAACAACACGAGAAGAAUGUUUACAAGAAAUAAAUAUAUUUAAACGUAAAAUAGAUGCUUGUUUAAUUAUUACAGGUGAUGCAUUACAAAUAUGUUUAUCUUUUUAUGAAAAAGAUUUUAUGGAAUUAAUAAUUCAAAGUCCAUCGAUUGUUGUUUGUCGUUGUUCACCAACACAAAAAGCAACUGUUGCUAAUUUAUUAAAAAAAUAUGGUGAUAAUAGAGUUCGAGUUUGUGCAAUUGGUGAUGGAGGGAAUGAUGUUAGUAUGAUUCAAAGUGCUCAUGUUGGUAUUGGAAUAGUUGGAAAAGAAGGUAAACAAGCAUCUUUAGCAGCUGAUUUUUCCAUUAAUCAAUUUUCUUAUUUAUCUCGUUUAUUAUUUAUUCAUGGUCGUUAUAAUUAUAAGCGUGCAGCAGCUUUAUCACAAUUUAUUAUUCAUCGUGGUAUAAUAUUAACUGUUAUGCAAGCAAUAUUUUCUUCAAUAUUUUAUUUUGCUACUAUAUCAAUGUAUCCAUCAUUUUUACUUGUUGGUUAUGGAACAGUAUAUACAAUGCUUCCUGUUUUUUCACUUGUAUUAGAUAAAGAUGUACCUGAAGAAAUCGCAUUACUUUAUCCAGAAUUAUAUAAAGAAUUAUCUAAAGGAAGAAAUUUAUCAUUUAAAACAUUUUUCCUUUGGGUUUUUAUUUCAUGUUAUCAAGGUGGUGCGAUUGUGUAUGGCUCAUUUCUUAUAUUUGAUGAGGAUUGGACUCAUAUUGUUUCUAUUACAUUUACUUCAUUAAUUCUUACAGAAUUACUUAUGAUUGCAAUUACAAUUCGAACAUGGCAUCCAUUAAUGAUUAUCAGUGAAUUAUUAAGUCUUGUUGCUUAUUUUGUUUCAUUGGUUAUUUUUAAAUCUUAUUUUGAUCUUGCAUAUCUUGUAUCAUGGGCUUUCGUAUGGCGUGUUGUAGUUAUUACAGUAGUCUCAUGUUUACCACUUUAUAUUCUUAAAUUUAUUCAAAUCAAAUUUAAACCACCUAUUCAUGAAAAACUCGCGCAAUAUGCCACACUCAAAUAA